AUGCAGUCGCAUGAUGAGCCGAGACCAAUUCCGGCCUAUUACUGCUGCUAUCUCCUUCGGUCUACCAUCCGACACGCUUCGCUCUAUAUAGGCUCAACUCCGAACCCCGUCAGGCGACUUUCCCAGCACAAUGGUGAGGCCAAAGGAGGCGCCAAGCGUACCGCGCGCGAUAAAUUACGGCCCUGGGAAAUGGCCCUCGUGGUGGAGGGCUUCAUGAGCCGAAUUGGUGCUCUUCAAUUUGAAUGGGCUUGGCAGCACCCUGAGAGGACACGACAUAUUGAGCUUGAUGAAGAUGAUCUUCUUAGCUUCCAGUCUAGAUUCACCGUUUGCCGACAGACGGGAAAGACAGCACGGCGAACCACGCGCCGGAGAUCCUUGACGGCUCACCUAGAGGAUCUGCAUUUCCUGCUUCGGUCAGCCUAUUUCAGUAAUUGGCCACUACGGGUGCGAUUCUUCCGCGCAGACGUCUAUCGCGUCUGGAAAGUUUGGAACGAGCGUGUAGAGACCUCUUUACCUCCGUCCAAAGUAAUUCUUGACGGGGACUGUCCUAAGCAAGGUGAUGGGGUGGAAGCAGUGGGCAGCGUUCGCCAGCUGCCGGCGGACUACGCAAAACUUGAAGCAUACUUGGAGAAAUCCACUUUUAUUCUUGGAGACACACAUGAUUUACACUGUGCAGUAUGUAAGAGGCCAGGCAACCCCAAUACACAGCAAAUAGUGGUUUGCCCAAGAGCGCCUUGCCGAGGCACGAGUCAUCUAUUAUGUCUAUCUGCACAAUUCCUUGAAACCACCGAGGAUGCGGGCAUGCUCGUGCCAACGCAGGGAGCCUGCCCGACGUGCAAAGAAGUCAUUCAAUGGCCAAUUAUGAUGCAAGAAUUGAGUUUUCGCAAUCGCGCCGGAAAGGAAGUUCACAUGAUACUGAGACGAAAAGAAAAGCGCGAGCGUAAGGAGUUUGCAGAUCAGUCGCCCACCAAGGAGGGUAAGAGCAAGAGCAAGAGCAAAAAACCCAGUGUGCGCAUGUCUUCUGCCGAGCCAAGAUUCGAUGGUCAGUCAGAGCCUGCGCCAGAACAUAAGUCUGAGGAUGACCCCAAGUUAAACGAUAAUUGGUAUGAGGAAGUCGAGCUGGAAUCGGACAAUGAAUUCGGAACUCGAAACCAGUCGCCUUCGCCAAGUAGACUGGAAAUCGUCAUUGAAGAUAGCGAAUGGGAAGACGCUGAACUUGUGGAAUGA